AUGUCAUCAUCUUUGCUGUGUCCUCUUUUGAUGUCAAGGCUGCCAUGCCCCUCAAUUUUUCAAUCGAUCCUCGCAGCUAGGCAUUUGCAAACUAGAGGCUUCAAAAGAAACAUCAAGGCAAGGACAAACAAGCCGGUCACUAGCAACAUCUCUAAAACCCCAAAUGCCCCAAAUUUAUUUGAAGGCGCCCCGCUUAUUCUUGACGAUGGAUCUCAAUUUGUUUGCAUCGACACGUUGCAGCUGUCGCUAAAAUCUCCGCUAUUAAAGCAACUGAUGCCGGACAUCCCGAUUCCUGACAUCGGACAGGAGCCUCUUCCUCCGCUCACGAGGACACCAAAAUCGCACGCUCCAUUUAGAGCGCUAUCGGAGGAAGAACAUUCAAGACUGCUCACGCUUCGUCAAAAAGACCCCCAAAAAUAUUCUGUUUCCGAGUGUGCCAAACUAUUCAAUUGCCCUCCUUUGCAAAUUAUGCAAACCGUCCAUGCUCCGGCCAAUUAUAAAAAAGAAUUGGCGGCCCAAUUGGACAAACAAAAAUAUAGACGAAGAAAUGUUAUCCGAGCUAGGCGAAAGGAAGUUUUCGAAAAUGCCUGGCACCAUUAUCACAGCUAG